GCUUGGAAAUAGUUUGCUCUGUCAGAUUUUGUUAAGAAACGUCUUUCAAGUGUGUUUUAUUCAUGUGAGGCGGAAAGUCCCGAUUGUUUAGAAAACAAUGAGAGGUAUUACCAGUCAGUACAAGUGUUCAGUGACGGCUUAUCUCAAAAUGUCACUACUUCUCCAAUCAGAUGUCAGACAUGUUAAUCUCAUUGUAGGAUUGCGUUGUGUACUUGUGACAUUGGUUUGGUGAACUGAUUUUGAAGAUUCGGCUUUUUCCAGGGAGCCAAGAGAACAACGAUGAAGUAACUCUGUUUUUAUCCCGAAACAAUCUCUAGUCAUCAUAAUGCUCACUAGCAAUAGACCAAUGGUUGGACGGACGUUUGUCCUCACGCUGGCUGUUGGAAUCACCUUCGGCUUCAUGUUUGCCUACAUCGUCUUGUCAACGACAACUUACCACAUAGGAGAAAUGGCUAUGUUUCCUGUCAGGGAAUUAGAUAACGAUUUUCGUGCUUCAGACCCCCACCACCAUAGCCACUUGGACAACUUGCCUGAACUGAAAGGCGAUGUAGGCACACACGGUCAUGACGAAGAGUUCCACAAAGACGAAGACAUAGUAGCCAAAGAGUUAGCUCAACGUGUGAAAGUGUUGUGUUGGAUCAUGACUUCGCCAAACAACCAUCAGAAGAAGGCACGUCAUGUCAAGGCUACUUGGGGGAAACGGUGCAACAUCUUGCUCUUCAUGAGCUCACAAAACGAUACAUCGCUGCCCUCCAUAGCUUUGCCUGUGAGUGAAGGUAGGGACAAUCUGUGGGCCAAGACCAAAGAAGCAUUCAAGUAUGUCUACAACAACUAUCUGGACCAGGUGGACUGGGUGUUGAAAGCAGACGAUGACACGUAUGUGAUAGUAGAAAAUCUGCGCUACCUGCUGUCAGAACAUAACUCCUCUGAUCCGAUAUACUUUGGUUGCCGGUUCCGACCCUACACCAAGCAAGGCUACAUGAGUGGGGGCGCAGGUUAUGUUUUAAGUAAAGAAGCUGUGAGGAGGUUUGUGGAAGAGGGUCUUCCAGACAAGAAGAAAUGCAGAGAGGACAGUGGAGGUGCGGAAGAUGUUGAAAUGGGCAAGUGUCUGGAGAGGGUGAACGUCCUUGCGAUGGAUUCCAGAGACUCGUUUGGUAGAGGAAGGUUCUUCCCGUUUGUCCCUGAACAUCAUCUUAUCCCCGGACAUUCGGAUCCCAACUUCUGGUAUUGGAAGUACGUUUACUACCCUAGCCCAGAGGGUAUAGACUGCUGUUCAGACAGUGCGAUAUCCUUCCACUAUGUCAGCCCCAACCAGAUGUAUGUUCUGGACUAUCUCAUCUACCAUCUCAGGCCGUACGGUAUCAACCAUUACGUGAAGCCUGGCGUGACUCGUGCGACGCCGAGCAGUCCAGCUCCUCUGCGUGACAACAGGUGAUACACAAUCGCGACUGACUCUCAUGUGCCAUAGACGCAACUGAGCUGUGAGCCCACGUGUUAAUCUACUGUUCAACUAGGACUAUAAGACGGCUCUAACUCACAAGUACCGUUUGGGUCUAUUGUUAAACAAGUUUGUUCUAGCCUUGUUGGGAAUAUAUAAAUCUUUAUCUAUAUAUAUAAAAGGCAAAGCCCUCACUGACUCACUGACUGACUGACUCAUUUAUUAUAAAAUACAGAUUCUUGACAAUGUUAAGACACAGUACUGAGAACUUCCUCUCUCGGCCCGAACUCUUGCCUGAGCUUGUUUGGAUCAUCACAAGCAAAUAUUUUUUUUAACUGAACAUAUCCAAAACUGAAUAAAGUCAUUCAAUCUUCAAACGGGAAAGUUCUAACUCAUAAGUAGUAACUCAUACAGUACAGCUAACAUGGACCGAGCAGGUUUUUACAUCCCUAGGGCCACAAAAUCAGCUGCCCGCUUACUUUCUUAAAACAUGAAUGCAUAUUAAAUACACAAUCAGUAUCCAUAACAUUGCAAUAGAAUUUUUUUAGUGUCACCAUUGCCUACCAAUAUUUAUUAAAUUUUUGCUGAUUCCUCAAAUAACCUCUUCACAUAACCUUAAAGUUGUAGUUGUGUUGACUAUCAGUGUGAAUUAUUAUUGUGAUGAAUAAUGGUAAUAGGGUAUAGUGUGGUGAAAAAUAGCGAUCGUACCACGGACCGAAAUGGUUUUGCAGUUCUCGAUCGUUUUAAGUGCUCGACUUCAUCUCGAGCUUAAAAAAUAUCUCGAGCCGGAAAACCCUGAUUUUCGGCCCUAGGUACGAAAUAUACUAUUUUCAUUUUCAACUUCUGUUUAUUAUUCACUGAAAUUUAGAAUUUUACACUUUUACUCAUCAUAUACACUUUAGCAAAACCCAAAGUUAACAAUUUAUUUCUAAAUGUGAAAUCAGUUUUUACAGGAUAACUUGGAUGCGAUAUAAGUUUUUAUAGCAUAUUACAAUGAAAAACAGGUGUAGGUAGAUGACAAGAGAGGAAUUUUUAAUUAAAUAUCACAUUAAACAUGUAGAAAACAUGAAAAACCAAAUUGAAGUAUUAAAGCCAAAUAAGCCUUGCCAAAAUAAUACAGAAUGUUCAAUUUAAACAGUUCAAAAGUUACGGUGUCAUAGGCUAACUGUUGUGUUUGUAUGAACCAACGAUCACUUAAGACCAAGUGAACAGCAAAUUUAAGGAUGAGGCCUAUCAGCUGCCAGAGGCGCCGCGCUGUUCGCUGCCGAGCGUCAGCUCACUACAAAUCGAAACUGCAAAACAAUCCCUUGAGUCUUGAGUCCUUGAGUUGAAGUGCUGUACAAGUAUACGCAUUUUUCAGGUGCUUUUGGUACAAACAGAAUAAAUGCCUUUGGUGUGGUGCUUUGGGUACUUGAACUCUGAGAAAAAAAAACCAAAUUAAGUUGUUCACUUGUCAGUAAAGUUGUUUCCAAUUUUGUCUUAUAAAAAAAAAAUUUGUCCCGUUGGCGCCACUUUUUCGUGGCGCCAUAUGCGACCGUGUAGUUCGCGUAUAGGUUAAACCGGCCCUGUCAGUAUUCAAUUUGCUAACACGUUUUCUUCAGCCAAAAACUGCAAAGUUGUGAGGUAGUUAUGUAAAUUCACAUUCUUUGAAAAAUAUAUUAAAUUUAAAUAUGCAUUAUGUCCUUAUCAAUAAAUUUGUAUGUUUUAUUAUUAUUCUCAACACGUAAUUUCUUAAUAAAACUUACAUUUUCUGAGCUUUCAAUAUGUUUAAUAGAGAUUACCCAUCAGAUGAUUAACAAACGGUGGUUUAUUAAUAAGUUAUAUUUUAUAAACUGUUUUUGUAAAUUUGUAAAAUAUGAUUAUUUUGAUAUUCUUAGGAUAGGUGCUAAAUGUUGUUAUCUAAUAAAUGUUUAGAUGUUGUUCGUUCUUAUUAUAUUUCAAAUAUAUUACUGAUGGAACUCGUAAACUUGCAUUUUUCUGUAGGGUGUUAUUAAAGAUCCUGUAAAAACAUUCAGUUUCUUAUGUGAAUACUAAAACGGUUCUUGCCAUUUGUGGUAUUGUGUCUGAAUGUUUUUACACAGGUAGAUUGUGUAGCCGUAGAAAUAAAUAUUUAUUCUCUUGUAAUUCUAUGUCGGUUGUGUUUUGAACUACGCGUAUAGUGACAACGAAAGAAUACAGUAACAGUAAAUAUUCUCAAGUUCCUUUUUCUUUUAUUUGGGAUCUUCAGACACAACUGGUGUAUAUUUUUUUCAUAAUAUCAUUGAUAAUAUCUAUUUACAUAUUAACUUAGUGGAUCUUAUCUUGAAAUAUACUUUACAAAAGAGAAACUACAUUUAACAGUUGCUUUAUAUAGUUUAGGUUAAAUAGGGUGAUUAAAUUGUUUCUAUUUAUUUAGAUAUAUAAACUAUCUAUACUGUCUCUUCUCUCAAACUGAUCCUUGAUUACCAAAGUAUUUGGCACUGCCAAGUAUUUGUCUUAAUAAGACAAGAAAAGUGAUUAUCAGUAAAAAAAAGUCUAAUGUUUAAUAACCUCGAGAAUACAAAUGCUGAAUUCCGUAAAUAUUGCAAUUGAUUAGUUAAUACUGCAUUAAAUUUAAUAUUUAUUUAAGAUGAUUUUGACCUAGAAGUAUCAUAAAUGGUACUUUUGAGAUUAGCUUACAAAAAUAAAAAAAAAUAUAGUUACACUGAAAGUAAAUUAAGGUGAUUCCUAAGCUUCAUCCUUAGCUAAGUACCUGUACAUGAAAACAAUAAUUUGAUACUUUUGUACAAAUUGUACAGAGCUAUAAAAUAAAUACUGAUUGCUUUUGAAGUACAAUCGUAACAAUACUUUUUAGAUUUAAUUAAUUUUAUGAGCAUAUGAAUCAACUGAAACGCACAUACUAGCUUUUUGUAUUAUGAUUUGUGAUAUGAUUGUGAACAAAUCAAUAUUAUUUAUUUUGUUAAGACAAGUCAUGUUAUUUAUGCAAUGUUAGUUAGGAAGCAAAAUAAUAGUCUAUAUUUUUCAUACUUUAUUUACACAAAUCUUAGCUUAUUUUGUUGAGUCUGAACAAACUUUGCUUUAGCUUUCCAGGAACAAAUUUGAGAUUUGUUAAUAUUUUUCUACCUUUUUUCCUCAACUAAGUGAUGUUUUUUCCUAUUUUGACUGUAGUCAUACGACACCAAAGAUUACACAUGUGUAAUGUAUGUUACCCACCAAAGAUGUACUGUAUAUUACAAUGUAAUAAAACAUGUAAAAUUUA